GAUGGUCAGCAGUGGCCAACUCUGGAGCGACCAAUCGUGCAACGAGGACACAUACCUCAAAUCGCGGCUAGGACCUUUCCUAGAAACGUACUUGAGCAAUAUUACGUUCAUUACGAGUGGCUGGUAAAUAGAGCAGACACAGCAGGAUACUCGAAACAUAGACUCCGAUCUGCUCGUGCCCGACUUCGCAACCAUGACGGUGGCCAGACAGAGGGAAUUAUCUAUAGUGCUUUUGGAGGGAAAGGUCGCUUCAAACAAGGCUUUUCAAAUUUGGGACGACAGGACCAAGUUGGGUCAGGAGAUGAAGCUCGCGUUGGACUCGAUCUUGAUGCUUCUUCCCGAGGACGACGUUUGGGUUGUUGGCAUACUCGUGCGUGAGCCUCUGGUUGAAUUUUUCAAAAUGCAGAUACAUGCCGAGGGAACAUACAUCAUGCGCCGGUUUGCGGUUUGCUACAUUGCAGCCGAUCCUAUGAACAUGCUCCCCAUCAUUACCAUGAUGGAAGCAUUUCAACAUGCGCUGGCAAAGGUCAAGAAGACGGUCGCUGCUAUCCGCCGUGUCAAGGUUCGCCCGAGCACAAGCCCAAAAGUUCCUCUCUCUUGGGUCAGGCCGUCUUUCAAAAAGCCAAAAAUGUCGCUCGUCCUUGAUGGCGAGUAACAAUGGGAUCCGCUCAUCUACUGUUCAUAAAGUUUGUGGUUCAGUUGAUUAAGGCUGCCUUAAAAGCCCAUGGGUUCUAUCGGUUCACCUAAAGAAUGUCUUUGAUAUGAUCUGGAUCUGGAAUCUAUGCGACCUAUCCGUGGCUUCACAGAGUCUAUGCUUUGUUUGUCGUAGUUCAAGAAGCAAACAAACGCAGCAAAAAGUGAAUAAAAUGCAGAUAGUACAUGUAUGUAUCGCUGCCACUUAAAAAGC